AUGAAAAUUCUAUCCAUAAUUGGUUGGAAUCGGCAACAUGGCAAACUUGAAAAGAGAUUUAAUGAUGAAGCACCAUUGAACAAUGAUGGUUUAACUCCUUGUCAUCCUUCUUUACUUCAUUCAUCUACAAUCAAUAGUCAUCAAGGUCAUUUAACAACUACACAAACAAAUGAAGUAUUAGAAAAUAUUGGUGAAACAAGUGGUGGUGCUGGUCUUCUACUUCAUGAGUUAGAAAUAGAUAAAUUAAAAAAUGAUUUGAAAGUAUUAAGAGAACAUGUACUUAAAGGUGAUGAACAAGCGGCUAGAGAACAAUUACUUGUUCAAUUUGAGGCAUUAAACACUGAAUUAGAACAUCACCGUUGUGAACAAAUUGAAAUGAAAUCAAAAUUUCAAGAUUGUGUUAUGCAACAUGAAAUUGAAAGUGAUGAUGUUAGUGCAACUGAUGCAUUUGAGCAAGCAUAUUAA